GGGCGGGCGGGCGAGGCCGGCGGCCCCGGGGUGCCGCCGCCACCGCCGCCAGCCGGGCGGGCAGCCCCGCCGGGGGAUGAGUCAGAGCCGCGGCCCCUGCAGCGAAGAAACCGCCGCCGCCGUCGUCGUCGCCGCCGCCGCCCCGGGCUCCGCGCCGCGCCGCAUGCCCGCGCCCCCCGCCGCGCCGCGCCCCGGAUGAUGCCCCCGCGGGGGGCGGCGGGCUCCUGCCGCCGGCGGCGCCUGGCUCCCCUCAACGAGGACAACGGGCGGUUCCUGCUGCUGGCCGCCCUCAUCGCGGCGUACCUCAGCGCCGGCGCUACCGUCUUCUCGGCCCUCGAGAGCCCGUCGGAGGCGGCGGCGCAGCUCCGCUGGAACCGGACCCUCCACAACUUCAGCCGCAUCUUCAACAUCAGCCUGCCGGAGCUGCGCGCCUUCCUGCGGAGCUACGAGGCGGCCAUGGCCGCGGGCAUCCGCGUCGACGCCCUGCGGCCCCGCUGGGACUUCCCCGGCGCCUUCUACUUCGUGGGCACCGUCGUCUCCACCAUAGGUUUUGGAAUGACCACACCAGCAACCGUGGCUGGAAAAGUAUUCCUCAUCGUGUAUGGCCUUUUUGGGUGUGCCGGGACUAUCCUUUUCUUCAACCUCUUCUUGGAGCGCAUUAUCUCUCUCCUGGCGUUUAUCAUGAAGGCGUGCCAUGAGAGACAGCUGCGAAGAAGUGGUCUCCUACCUCCCAACUUCCGAAGGGGGCCAGCUAUGUCCGGGGUGGGCAGCCUCGUGGGGUGGAAGCCAUCCGUUUACCACGUGAUGCUGAUUCUGGGAAUUUUUGCUAUUACCCUUUCCUGCUGCGCCUCCGCAAUGUACACGGCGGUGGAAGGAUGGAACUACGUUGACUCCUUGUACUAUUGCUUUGUCACCUUCAGCACCAUCGGCUUUGGAGAUUUGGUAAGCAGCCAAAACGCUGCAUACCAAAAUCAGGGAUUAUACAGAUUCGGAAACUUCAUAUUUAUAUUAAUGGGGGUAUGUUGCAUAUACUCUCUUUUUAAUGUCAUCUCAAUUGUAAUCAAGCAAGUUUUGAACUGGGUGUUGAAAAAAUUCGAAUGCAGAUGUUGCCCAAAGUGCCAUAAAUCAAGUGCCCGCCUCGGACGUCGCAAUGCCAUCACCCCAGGAGCCCGCCUGCGUCGACAUAACAUCUCAAUAGAUGCUGAUGGACAGUACGACAGUGACACCGAGGGGAGGAGGCUCUCUGGAGAGAUGAUCUCCAUGAGGGAUCUCACGGCAUCGAAUAAAGUCUCCCUGGCCAUUUUGCAAAAGCAGUUGUCCGAGACGGCCAAUGGCUACCCGAGGAACGUUUGUAUCAAUACGAGACAAAAUGGUUUCUCCGCAGGGGUGGGUGCUCUAGCCAUCAUGAACAACCGCUUGGCAGAAACGAGUGAUUCUAGACAAAGCAGAUACCUGCAAUACGUGGACACAGGCUGAAGCACAAGAAAUCAGAAGGAAACUGAAGGAACAGAGUGGGACAGUGAAAGCACACUGCACUAGAUUGCACUUUCUUUUCAGGUAACUUGGAAGUUGUAUUACAUUCUUGAAAUUAGGGGGUUUUUUUUCCCCAGGUUUUAUUUUUGGACAGCCUUGACAGAAUGCAAUUAACUUAGGAUUUAAAAGUUCAUCUUCCUUGAUACAACCCCCUCUGCACCACCCUGCAAAACAGCCCCAGUGACUCCCAGCUGGCACAGACCCAGACAUCCCAGUUGCCUGCUGAGCAGCUGUGCAGGCAGCACAGGCAGGAGCUCAGACCCCAUGCCCCAAAUUGGUAUUUUGCUGUCUGAGCCCAAGAAGAGCAUUCAGGAGCAGCAAAAAGCUACAGGACUUAGGUCUUCUCUGUUGAGCCAGCCCCUAGUGAGAGCAAUGGUUGCACAGGCAUGAGCUGCUCGGACCUCCAGAGAAAAGGGAGGAGGUACCGUGUACUAAUACCUUGCAGAUGAGAAUUAAAAUUUAAGUGAAAGGUAAUAAAGGACAAUGACCAAAUUCAAGUGAUGGUUUCCCUUUCCCCUGGAGCUCAGGGCAGAAACGGGUACAAGGAACAGUUUCUUGUGAAACCUGUAGUGUUUGGCAAGUCGCUACAUUUACUUCUUGGGGUUUGUCUUCCCCGUGUGUCUUGGACAAAGUUUGGAGUCACAGUGAGAUGUCAUCCAAUUCUUUCUGGUUUCUUCCCAUCUGCAAACACACUUCUCAUUUUGUGCAAAAAAUUCAGAUAGCUUUUAAUUUCCUUGCAAUGCGAAGGAUGUCCUUCAGGCAAUAUAGAUGUUCAGAGAAGUAAUCUCAUUGACCUCAGUUGCAGAUGGAGGUUUCUGAAGGACGAGGCUGUAGGUUGCCUGUCGCCCUGUGGAAGAAGCAUUGCACGAGUAACUCCCAUUACCGCUAGCAAGACGCACAAAGGUACUUCAGGCAGUGGUUGGGGCCACGCAGCAGUAGGCACAACUAAAAAUGGAAAGAAGGUCUGUUGCAAAGGAUAUUUCUGCCUCUUUGACGUGUACAUACUAACUGGUAACCCAACUGCCAGCUCUAUUUGCAGCAGGAGUUACUGGUGGAAGACAGGAGAGGUACAAGAAUCGCACAAAACCAUUUACGUGUAUUUCAGUCAUGUCUUCACUUGCAACUGAAAGGAGGACUUUAGCAGCAGUGGAGGCCAUAUAGCCAGGCACGCGGGCUCGAUAUAAACCUGAUUGCCUAUGUGAGAUGAAUUUAUAAUUUUAUGAAAAUUAACUGUAGCAAUGAGACCGUUCUCACUUUUUUGUGUUUUUCUAACCUUUAACUUGAAAAAUAUUCAGUGACUGAUUAUUACAAUGAAUGUUCAGAGUUAAUCUAAACAAAGUCAUACUUUGCUGAUUGCUAGCAAAUCUAUGGAUAUGGCUUCUGCUCUAAUUGGAUUACUAAUGUGCCUUUCCAAACCAACGCACAUUUUCAAUGUUACAUUUACAUAAUACAAUACAUGUUACGUUACAUAAUAAAUUCAAUUAGGGCACAUUAAUACCUGACUCACAGAAAAUAACUAAUGAAGUGUGCAUCGCACAUUGUACAACCAAUGUGCAAUUUCUUUUUUGUGACUAUGUCCAUAUUUGAGCUCAUGUUCUGCUUUUGUGAAUGCUCAUGGUAGGAAAACAGAAGCAUUACACUGUAGCAAAUGCAGGAAGGUAUGGCCAAUUCCACUGCGUUUUGACACAUAGGUUAAGCGUAUUAGUGUAUGCACACUAGGUGGUUCAUUAGGCAUGAUAAAUCUGUCGCGUAGCAAUGGCACAGAGGAAGGACUACUUCAGUUUACAUGGCCACAGUCCGAAUGCAGCUAGCAAUAAAGACACAUGCCUUUUUUCUUACUCUUUUUGUUUAUUAAAUGGGUAACAUCCACCCUUUAAUUAGAAUAUACCUUUAAACCACAAAAAAAAAAAAAAAAAAAAAAAGCGCAAUUGCCCUAAAUAUUGCAUAGCUAAAAAGAGGUCUAGGAUCAAAUUGAAACUUGCAACUCUCAGGAACCAAAAUGGUGUAGUUUUGCUUUCAAGUGGGGCUGCGUAGCUGCUGCCUUCCUGUCUAUUGUGUUUAGUCCUUCCUUGGAAAAGGAAAGAGACAGUAAAUAUGGAUACGGUUUAUAGCAGAGUACCCAAUAGUCUGGCAAUUUAGCAUGAGAAAAAAAAAAAAAAAGGUUUUCUCAAGGUACAGCAAGUGUAUUGUUAUUAAUGAAUGAAAAGUGUGGGGAGAGGGAAAGGCUCAGAAGUGUUUUCCAGCAAAUCCAGCAGAAAACCAAAGACUUGCUUUGCUCUCCAUACGCACAUGUGUUACGCCCUGUCGCAAAAUGGUGAGAUGCUGUCAAAGCCCCGAGUAGCUCUUGUUGCAUCGCAGGCUCAGCUACCUCAUCUGGAACGUGGAGAGAAGUAUUUUGUGAGACACGGGGGGAAGAGGGAGGGACUGCAUGCUUACACUCGCCACCUGCACUUCAUUCAGGAGGUGAACACUGCCAAGGGCUGAUUUUGGGAAGACGAUCACCCAGCCUACUACUGGAGAAGCAGCCGCGCUCAUCCCUUACAGCGAUGAACAAUAUUUUGGGUGUAUCAAAGGUGCAGAUUCCCAUGCCUCCAGUCCCCCCAGUCCAGGGCUGUGUCAUGCCCAGGUGUGUCCUCGCCAGCUCCCAAGCCUGGACUCGGUACGAGGAUGUAGGUGGAUUUGGAAUUGUGUAACAUCGUUGUCCCAAGUGUUUUCAGGAUUAGGCCCUCCCACAGGUGAUGCUUUAUCAGACCGUCUAAGAAAUACAAUGAUGUCCCCAUAAUCCCUUUGUACUUCACAGACUCUAAGACUACUUUUUAAAGCCAGUGAGUCAAUGCAAAAUUAGUACUUUUAUAAUAAUACACAAUAAACAACAUGAAAAAAAAUUACUGACAUUUCUGACAAGGUGCAAUUCAAACACCAAGUAUUUUCUCAAUGGCUCUAGUUUCCUAAUUUUUGUAUUAGUGAAUCAGUUUUAUUCCCUGCAAGUAAAAUUAUGUCCAGAAAAUUUUUGCUUAUAGUAACAUCCAUGGGCUGUACAGGCUGUGCAAGAAUUCAGUUCCAAUUUUAUUGUAAAACCUCAGUACCUGAAAGCACAACAUCUGAAAAAUGGUUUGGGGUUUGGUUUUUGUGUGUCUGUGUGUGUAGACAUUGUUUAUUUACAAAAAUAAAAAAUGCCAUCAUUCUACAUAUACAGACACACAUUUUUAGCUCACUGGAAUACUACCUUGUUGUAUACUCUUUGCAAAAAUAUUAGUUCCAGAUUCCAAGCCAAUUUAAAUUACAAUAUAUCUGCUCAAAAGUAUUCCUGUUUAUUUUAUUUCUUUUUAAAGGGGCACAGCUUGGUAGAUAUCUUUAACUGAGCUGGCAUUAUUAUCUCCUAUUACAAACAUCAAGAAUUUUACUUCUGCAGUUAAUUCCACUGGUUUUGGUAUUUGCUUACUUCUGUAUUUCACUAAGUGUGAAUUGUAAAAGGAACGACCAGUUCUGUGCUGGUUUCUGGUUGGUAUUCCUUUCCCAUUUGCAUUGGUUGCAAACAGCUCAAGUAUUAACACCAGCAAAUUAUCCAGCAAAAGUUCCCAGACACACCAAAAUUAGACACUUUUCUGAAUAUUUUUCUUUAAAAAAUUGUUUUGUAAAAUCUCAAUUAUGAGUAUAAAUCACAUGUCAUGGUUGGAGUUAGCAGACUGAAUAUUUUUCCUACCAACAGAAAUCCUUGACACGAACUCACUGAAAGAUGCUAAAGAUCCAGUUUUAUGUAAAAAGACCUUCCUAUUUUAUUUGCCCAUUUUAUCUAAUUUGUUUAAAAUUUUUAAAAGAUAGUCAGAAGGAUGUAAAUCCCAGUUGGAAAAUGCCGUACGCUGUACAUUCACUCCUAUGAAUAGAGCUUCUAAAGGGAUUAAAAUGGAGACUACCUGAUCGCUGCAAACACAAUUGCAGGUACAGAUCUUCAAAACUUGAAUAUUUUUACCUGUUUGGCAAUUGCAAACUAAGGACAUGCUAAUGUAAUUCUAAUUCAGGCAAAGAAACAUAAAUAGUAGAGCUCCACUCGCUACUAACCGCUUUUAUCAAAAAGCCCACCGGUACACGGCUACAGCGUCAAAGAUCAUUUACUGACUCUCGAUGCGCAAAGAUGUUAUUUUGUAGGCCGGUUGGGUGGCCGGGAGUCUACGCCGGGCUGGAUGAAGCGGCUUGGCGGGGCGAUACCGGGCAGUUCCCGUCGCUGUGCCUCAGGACUGGGUUUGCCAUCGCCCCGGCCCGCUGCGGCUCCCAGGGACGGUCCUUGUCUGUCGGUGUUGUACGUGCCCGCCCCUGCCUUUGACGUGGGGCUAGCAACCGUGCUGUCUGAAUUGUCAAGAUACAAAAAAACAGAGGAAGGCAGAAGAAAAAGAGAAAAAGACGACUGACAUUAUAUUGAGCCACUCCUGAGAAGCACAGCAAAGUGCUGUAGCCCGUGCUAGACUGUUUCUGGCCACCUUUGAACCCCAGUUAGUUCCCCAAACUGGAGCAUUUGGGACCCAGGUGCAGUUAUCGACUCAUUUUACAUUCAGCCUCUGCACCGGCAAAGCAGUAACGCUGUGAUCCUACUUUCCUCAUUAAAUGAAUAGGUUUGUUUAGGCUUUCUGUAUGAUGACAGCAUACAUAAAUAUUACAAGAUGAAUCAAUUGCCAAGCCUGGUUAUAUUUACUAAGAGAUCUUUAUCAGUAAAAAAGGGAAAAAUUGUCUUACCGUCCUACAAGUACAGUGAAGCAACAAAAGAAGUGGUGCUCUGAACAGAAAGUAAGGUGCUAAAAUAUACAGUUGGGCCCCAAAGCUCAGGCAUGCGACACAAAAUUACCGUAGCGUUCAUUCCUAAUGCUCAAUGCACCUGCAUCGUGAGGGAAAGCCUCAGUUUCUGACAGCACCGGGUAGUCAAGGCUUGUAUUUUCUUCCUCUGUAUGAAAGCAAGAUGUAUUUGAGGACGUGCCUUGCUCUGAAUAGCACUUGGGGACGGAGUUGCCUCCAUCCCCAAAUUUAAGCGUGCCUGUGGUCCAGAGACAUGAAUACUGGUCCAGUCCCCAGCAGAAAAUGGACCUGCCUCGGGGUGUCUGUGGGUUUUGGAGAGGAGCUGAACGUCACGGCAACCUGCAGCUGCCUCCCCCGGCCAAGCCUCCCCCGGCGCGGGAUCCAUCCCACCACUGCCAGCCCCUGCUCUGCAGCAGCGAAUGUACUGCCAGGAACGCAGUGCAAAUCAUCAGCAAUGCGGUCAUAUCCCUGCCUUCUUAAUGGGCUAAAAACAUCAGAAAAUAUAGAGAUAAUUUUCUGUUUUAAUGAUCAAAAGGGUGUUGCCCAUUAUUCACAGCCUACACACAAGAUGUCAUGAUUUUCAAUUUUCCCGCACUGGUCGUUCAAUCCAUUUGACAGCUGACCUUCAAGUGGCCAUGGGUUUUCAAAAAAAAGAGAAAAACCAAAAAAACAAACACACACCACCACCACCCCGCAAUAUCAGCAUAUGAGAAAAGCAAAAUAAUCCUAAAUGAGACAGUAAUGAUCCCACAUGCAAAAGCCGUGAGCAGAGCUGCCUCUGUCCGUAGCAGCCAGCUGCUUCCCCAGCAGUGGGAGAAGUUUGGGUUCAGGAGAGCAUCAGCUGGAUGUUUGGGGUGCUGGACAUUGCCCUGCAAACAGCUGCAGCACCAAAAAUGGCACUUUCCAAACAAGUUUCUGCAGCUGUUUCUACACUGUUAGGGACAUUUCUCAUCACCUGUACUGAAAUCAGAGGACGGCAGCAGGUCUUACGCAAGCUUUUUUUACUGUCAUCGGUGAAUAUGGGUGUUAGCCAGGGACUAUUGUAACAACCAAGGGGAAUUUCAGCUGAGUGUUGGUCAGAAAAAAAUGACAUUUCUCUGGCUAGAAACGGCUGCAGCAGGUCCGGGUGUCUGGCAUCACUCAACGUACUCCCAAAGAGUUGAACAAUACAGAAAUUACCUAAAUAAGCUAGGAAACAAAUGCUGCUCUUGCCUGAAUCUGGAGUAACUUAGUUGAAUUGCAGGUAGUAAAUAGCCUAAUGAAACAGACAUAAUGACUUUUAAAUGCCUGCUAGAAGUCAAAAGGAGCUGCAUGCAUUUUUCCAGCACAAUUUCAGUUGUGUUUACCGAGUCAAGAGGUAAAAUGAAGAAGCGUAAAUUCCUGUAAAUCAUUGAUUUGAAAAUACAGAUUUUUAUUCUCUUUCAGAUGAUGCUUCCUAGCAAAACAUUAAACUGGAAAAAUUUCAAGAUUGAAAUCUAUUUAAACAAGUGGCAUUUUUUAAAAUGCUUUAAUUCUGGGUUGACAGGAACUUUGCCUCCAACACAUACUAUAAUUGUGAGUGCUUUUAACGAAUCGGUCCUAUUUUUGAUGCCAGCUCAGGAUUUUUCCACUGUAAGAUCUUUGAAUGAAGAGGACAAAAAGCCAUAUACAAAGCCAAUUAAAUACAGAUCACAUUUCUACCGGUACGUUAUAUACAGUUUGCAGACAAAAAUGGGUAUUUUGGGCUUGGCACCCCUUCAUUCACAGAAGCAUGGUUAUGGACCUCGGAGGCAGAGACGGCUGACGCGCAGCCGCACUGCAAAGCAGCGCAGAGGCGUUGGCGGAGGAUGUGUAGAGCUGGUAGUUAAUGAGCUCAUAGUUAAUGAGACCGUGGAGGAACCCACUGAUGGUGUUCGGGGAACAUUCCUGUGUGUUUUUAAUGCUGUGAUACAUGACCGAGUAUGAAUUCUGUACACCUGGGAGGAUGUCAAAUUCCAGGUGACGUUUGGAUUGUUGCAAUUAAACUGUUACAAAGACUUUUGAAAUAAACAGGAGAAAAAAUGUU